AUGGCAGGCGACUCCCGAGAUUUCAGUAUUCGGAAGACACUGGAUCAAAGAGUCCGCGCCUACUUCCAGAGCCAUGACGCUGGACGCAUUGACGAGAUGAAGCGUUGGUACGCCGACGACGUCAUUCAAAUCUUCAGUGUCCAGGUGCUCGGAAAAAUAUGGAAGGGCAAGGAAGAGGUCAUCGCCAGUCAUGAGAAAGCUUUAGCAGACCGAAAGAGACGCGGAUGGACUAUUGUCACUGUUCCCACCUGGGUCAUUGUUGACCGAGGAAGAAUCACCUGCCGCAUCGAGCGAUUCUACUCCGAACAGACAUGCAAAGGGAUCAUCAAGUACACGUUUCUCGCGGUAUUUGAUCUGGACUCAACCGGACACCUGACUGGCGAAUCUCGCGAUCGCAACCUGCGGCCAUUUAUCGAGGGACAAGCCAAAAAACUCAUUGAUGAUCUGUUUUGGGGUGAAAAAGAUCUUGCGUCUGAGUGGUUCGACGCCAGCAUCAGCUUGGUGAUCAACCUCGAACAAAACCCAGGCGUGGUUUUCCUUGGCAAAGACGAGGCGAUGGGGUACUUCAAGAAUCACGACGACAAAAAGGACAUGGAGCAGAAGUGGUACGACUGGAACAUCGUUCUCGUUACCGCUGACCGUGGUCGUGUCACUUCCUACGCCGAGAAACUCUCCGUAGAAUUCAACGAGAACGGCGCGGUCAGCCCGAUAGAUAAAGAGGUCAUACUCAUUACAAUGGACCUCAACGAUUCCAACAAGAUCCAACGCAUGGAGUACCGUGUUCUUCGCAGGGACAAAAUCGCGAACCAUAUGCCCUGGGAGGAAGCUGUCGCAAAACUGAUUACCAAGUCUGUCGUUAUCGACUACAACAUCUGA